GUGACAUAUUUCAGCUGUUGUCGGGUCAACACAACAUAACCUCUCUUCUUUUGAGUUUAGAAAGUAAAUUCAAUAAGAAAUACCUUACUUUCAAGGUCUACAAGUGUCUAGUGACUGGAGAAAUGGUUGUAAUAUCAGUGCUGUAGUCAGAAGUUUAUUAACAUGUAUCCGCAAUCAAAGAAAUGACGUUGUGUGAACUUUAACAUUUAGUGCAAUAGUCAGAAACCUCAUACUAUCUUAUCAUAGUGAUACACAUCAUACUAUCUAUAAUUCUGUAGCUCCACGUACUUUCAAAGUCAGAAAUGUCUUCCGUAACCGACGAUAUUUGCGAUAUGUUGGAUAGCUAUGGAGGAAGAGACAAGGUGGUGCGUUUAGCCUGCUAUUCCCUGAAGCUGUAUGGAUGCCUGCGCGGAGACAAAGGGUGGCAGAAGGCCGGCUCCCAGUUGUCCCAUGCCCGGAUGUUAUUACGUCUGUUUGAUGAUCUGCCAACUCUUAUGGGUACUCUUAGUUAUGGAUUAGGAAAACAUGAGCCAACAUUAACGGAUGCGGCGCUAGGUGUUCUAGCCAAUCUAGUAGACCAACUCUUCCUGCCUGUGGAGAAGGUGCUGUGGUUCCAAGAACUGGGCAUCCUCAAGUUUUCCCCGAAGACAGCUGAGGCCCUAGACACUACCAGCACUGUGCUGUGGGCUGCUGGCCUUUACUUAGGAUUGUUUCAAACACUACAAUCAAUCCAGCGACUGCUAUGGACUCGAGACUGCCUCCAACAAUCUGAAGACAAGUGCUCCGACGCCAAGAAGAAGCUGGACGUGCGAAUCAUGCUGCAGUUCGUGACAGCCGGGAAGCUCUGCCUCGACAUCACGCAGGCCGUCAGCUGCCUGCCCGCAGGGUGGCUGUGGGGGGAGCGGAUAGGAGCCACCAAAGUUGCCGCCAUUGCCACCUCGUCUUCCGUUAUAGGAUUAGUCUUGUAUUUCGCUAAGAAACGGUUACUGAAAUAGGUACUAAAGAUAGACCUAGAAUGACCUAUUAAGAGGUAAGGUUGAGGUUGCGAUGAUUGAUUCCUGCAACAUAUUUUUGCAUUUUAUCCGCCCAUUUAUUUGAUGUCUAGUCUAAUCGUAAAUAUUCCGAUUGGUGCAAAUUGCAUUAGAUUUUGAUAAGGUGCUUGUUACAAAUUGAUCAAGAUUACUUUUUAAUAAGAUUCGGUUGUGUAUUUUGUAAGUAUUAUAGUAUGUGUACUGAAACAAUUAUGAACAGAUAGGAC